GCGGGAUUCGCCGCGAUCUUCUCCGGAACGAGCCUCAUGCGGGUGUGCGUCGACCCGAAGAAUAAGGCGUGGUCCAAGAUCGUCGUCUGGCUGCCCAUCGUGUUCAACCAGCUGGUGGUGCAGGCGGCCUUCAAGGUGUCGGCGAUCGUGAGGCAAAGGCAGGUGCAGGCGCGCUGGGAGCAGAUCAAGGGCAGGCGGAGCAACAGUGAGGAGGAGACGCGGCGGGAGCAGGAGGGCCUGCAGAUGGUGGAGGACCUGAUGAAGGAAGAGGUCGUGGAGGGCGAGAACGACGCAUCCAGCCUGUCCAUGUCGUACCUGGCGGUUCACGUGAUGCGCUUCUCGCUCACGGGCUACCUGCCGGACGAGAAGGCCUCGUCGGAGUUUCCUGGGCGCGUGCUGGCUGUUAACUCGGACGCCGUCGCGCGCAUGGCAUGCCUUCCAGGUGCGGCCAUGGCCGCACUCGUCCUUGGGAAGCCUUAA